CAUAUCAUCCUCGGCAUCGUCGUCACCAUUCUCUUCCUCCUCCAGCCAGUCAUCGGAUGGCUGCAUCAUCGCCACUUUGCCGCGAAGGGGACAAAGAAUUACAAGCGGCACGUUCAUGUCUGGCUGGGCCGCAUACUGCUCGUGCUUGGCGUUAUUAACGGUGGCACUGGCUUGAAGCUAUCGGAUAAUACCACUGCAGGAGGAAUUGUGUACGGCAUUAUUGCCGGACUGAUGGCUUUGGUGUAUCUU